CAGCUCUGCAGCUGAGCUUCUGCCUAGACUUAUGUCACUUCGCCGUUGCCUGGGCCAUUGGACGUGGGUGAUGGUCUUUCAUCGAUAAUCUCUCGCCAGCCUGUUGGUCUGUUCUGCCCUUCUCACCUCAGAAUCUAUGCUUCUCCGUGCGCAUUGGCAUAUCUAGCUACACCUCCAUUAACCCUGAUUGAGACUCCAAAGAAAACACAACUGCCAACGAAGUAUUCAAGAUGGCGACCUCGGAUUCCUCCAAGUACACUGAGGGCAGGGUACCGUUCUCGCACCCGAGCUUGCCAAAGCCCUGCGAGACAUGGUAUAAAGUGUACGGGGACCUCAAGUCUUCCUCGACCGGCCGGCCGCUCGUCACUCUUCACGGAGGUCCUGGUAUGGGCCACAAUUAUCUGUCGAACCUCCGGCGCCUUUCAGACGAAUAUGGCAUCCCCGUGGUGUUCUAUGACCAGCUAGGCGCUGGCAACUCGACUCAUCUCCGGGAAAAGAGACUUGACACGGACUUCUGGGUGCCUGAGCUGUUCAUCGCGGAACUGGAUAACCUGCUGGAGCAUCUCGGCAUUUCAGAAUUUGACUUGCUCGGACAGAGCUGGGGUGGGAUGCUCGGUUCUAUGUUUGCGAUUCGCGGAAGCCCGGGCCUCAAGCGGCUUAUCAUCUCCAACUCUCCCGCAUCCAUGAAGCUCUGGGUUGAGGCGUGCAACAAGUGGCGAAGCCUACUUCCAGAAGAUGUUGACAAGGCCUUGACGAAACACGAGGCGAACCAAACAUACGACGACCCCGAGUAUAAAGCGGCCGUGGAAGAAUUCUACAAGCGACACGUCUGCAGGGUGUUCCCAUUCCCACAGGAUCUUCUGGACACGUUUGCGAACGUGGAGAUAGACGAUACUGUGUACUAUACCAUGAACGGGCCAAGUGAAUUUACCGUGAUUGGGAAUUUGAAAAACUGGUCGGUGGUCGAUGAAGUCCACAAGAUCUCGGUGCCCACCCUCCUGCUCAAUGGAGCGUGGGACGAGGCCCGAGAUAGUUGCGUAUAUCCUUUCUUCCAGAUCCCCAAGGUGAAAUGGUACACUUUGCCGGACGCGAGCCAUUGCAGCAACCUCGAGGUUCCCGACAAAUACAUGGAAGUGGUGGCGGAGUUCCUGAAGAAUGCGGCGUGAUCAGACUUCUGGGACAUAUGGGGUGUGGUGGUGCACAGUGUCUAGGCUGGAUAUAUAUCUCAGCCACAAUCGCAAGGCUGUGGCAAGAGAUGAGGGAACUGCUGUCAAUCUUGGUAUCUGCACCACAUCUUUGGGAAUGCCUACGGGCAGCAAGUUCGACAGCAAGUUCCGCUGACAGCAAGAUCGCUUAGUGGUUGGCAGAAGCCAACUACACCUAAUUUAGCUAGUUGCAAUUUCC